CAGCAUCAGUUCCAUAUCCGCUUAACAGAGUAAACACACUUUCUGUAAUACUCUGGCUUAAUAGGAUGCACCUAAGAAAGGGAUUUGGCCUGUUGUUUCUACUACGCGAGGCCUGAGCAACAUCUUGCUUUUGUGAUGGGAUUGUAAUACACAUUCGGACUCUAAAAGUCAUCGUUUGCCGAGAGCACAUUAGUAAACGAUGACGUCAAUACUCAGGACCAUCGUCAAUCUUAUCUGCUGGUACAGACUUGUAACAGUUGUUUAUGUCACAGCUGAAAAAUGUGAGGAUGUCAGAACAGAGACAUUUAGCAAUAAAUACCUAGAAGGUUCCAGCUAUAAAACUGUUUCUCCAUAUGGCUACCAACAAUGUGUUAUGAUGUGUAUGGUAGCGCGGGAGUGCCAGAGUAUCAACUAUGACCCGACUCGUCUUGAUUGUGAACUCAACACCGAGACUACCCAGGUCGAAAGUUCUCUGACCGACAAAGAUGGCAUCAUCUUUAAGGAUAUGAAGGAUACAUCGUUUUCGAAACCGCCGAUUUGGAGCUGUCAGAAAUCCACUUGCCCGGAAUUCCACGCAUGCGUGAAACUGACCAAUGGUAGCACUGUGUGCGCAGCGCCCGUACCUGAUGUACCAACAACAACGACGACAACAACCACUACGUCUACAACAACGACGACGACUACACCUACUACAACAACGACUGCAGGUGCCGUUACCUGUGUUUCUCCGUAUACAAUUAAUGCGUUGACGGGGUUGUGCCUCUACUAUGGCGUCACCUAUUCCUGGACCAUUGCGUUCAAUAACUGCCCUGGCUCUGCUCGGCUCUUUGUUGCCGAUACUGCUGACAAACAAUCAGCCGCCAGUUCCUUAUGUCCUUCUACAACCAGUUGUUGGUUGGGUGCAGAAUAUAUGAGCGAUAAUUUUUAUUGGUCAACCGGACAAGUUUUUAUUCCCGACGAAAGAGGAUCUGGAGAUUGCAUGCGAGUGAGAGAAUCCGUUUUCAAGGGAGGCAACUGUGGCUCGAGUGUUUCGUACAUUUGUGAACAAGUUUGAAUAAACAUCUUACCAGAGGUCAUCUUGGAGUGACUAGAACACAAAAACAAAUAUGAGAUGCAGUUCUUUGUAGCCAUAGUUCGGAUAUUUUUAUUUAUAUUUAUCUAUCGCAUAUCGCUGUCGUAUAUAUAUCGCUGUUAUCAACCUACGUCAGCAAUCAGCAUAGUAGCAGACAUCCUUUGACAGCUGAUCAUGACUUAUAUUUCCAUAGUAUAUAAUGAAAUAAUUGAUACAACCUCAUCUCGGCGAUUGCGUAGAAAUUCGGCCUUAACGAUGUGUAUGCUGGUGUUGUAAAACCAACGAUUUAGCUAAAAAUAUUAAAUUAUUGUCAGAUAUCUAUAGUUUUUCAUGAAAUACAAAUAAAAAAAACUUCGGUGUUAGUUAUUCUGCUACUGACUGAUACACCCAAACUACUUUAAUCAUCAAAGUACUGGGCGCAGUUGCAAUUCCAUAUAGUUAUUUUGCUUUGCGUCAUCUGAUUGUCAAUGUGCAAGUCAAGGAGAGAAACACGGCUGUAACUGACGAACUCUUCGUCAUUAUAACUUUCUUGUAAUAUAGACACAUGUAGAAAUGAAUUUGUAAUAAAAAGAAAUAUUGA